GACACAUCAUGCUGAUCCUGCAAUUGAACAACUCCGACAGCCUUGCAAGGAUGUGGAAAGUGAUGGCAGAGUGUCAUUGGAUACAGAGGAGAAUCCUAGAAGAAGCCAUGACUCUCCUACCCAGAAAACAGUCUUCAAUUUCAUCACCCGAUCCACACAGGCCAGCCGGCUCAGCCUCCCGCCUCGAAACCGAACUGAAGAACUGGCGCGCCAGAUUCGAGUCAUGGAUCGCAGCUCAGAGAUCCUACAUUCAAACGCUAACCGGCUGGCUACUCAGGUGCGUCAGAUCCGAUGACGCUUCUCCUCGUCGAUCCAGCAUCGGAAACCAUCCAGUAAUUGGACUGUGCGUGGAAUGGUCAAGGCAGUUAGAAGCGAUCGACGAAGCUUCAGUUCUUGAAGGAAUAGAGUAUUUUACAGCUACUGUGAGGUCCCUGUGUGCCCAACAGGUUCGAGAAGAUUCUCGACGGAAGAUAGGAGGAUGGAAGAAAUCCGAUGGGAAUAUGGAAGCGAUUGAAGCAGAAGAAGUUGUGAUUGCAGAGACGAUGGUUGAAGAUGAGAUUAUGAUUAUUUGUGGAGGAAUGUCGGUUGCCAUGAGCUCACUCGCAGAGUUUGCCUGUGAUUCUUCAGAGAGAUACGAUGAACUUGUGAAGCAGCGGGUAGGAGUGAAGUGAGAGGAUGCUUCCACUUGGAUUUGGCUUCUUUU